UGGAUGGCUUCUACGGUCAGCCUGGGUAAAGAAACAUUGUUGGAAGAUGGAAUGCCACCUGCAAAAAAGCCCAGGAAGCUGCUGCCAAGCCUCAAAACCAAAAGGCCUCAAGAACUCGUUUUGGUGAUCGGGACAGGAAUCAGCGCAGCCGUUGCUCCCCAGGUCCCCGCACUGAAAUCUUGGAAGGGAUUAAUCCAGGCCCUCCUGGAUGCUGCGAUCGACUUUGAUCUCCUGGAGGAUGAAGAGAGCAAACGCUUUCAGAAGUGUCUCCACGAAGACAAGAACUUGGUUCACGUUGCCCACGACCUUAUCCAGAAGCUGUCUCCGCGCACAAGCAAUGUCCGCUCAACGUUUUUCAAAGACUGUUUAUACGAGGUGUUUGAUGACCUGGAAUCGAAAAUGGAAGAUUCGGGGAAGCAGCUGCUUCAGUCUGUGCUUCACUUGAUGGAAAACGGGGCACUGGUGUUAACCACAAACUUCGAUAACCUGCUGGAGCUGUACGCAGCGCACCAGGGGAAGCAGCUGGAGUCUCUCGACCUGACUGAUGAAAAGAAGGUGCUGGAAUGGGCACAAGAAAAGAGGAAGCUUAGCGUUCUGCACAUCCAUGGCGUUUACACCAACCCCAGCGGCAUCGUGCUCCACCCGGCCGGCUACCAGAACGUCCUGCGCAACACCGAGGUGAUGCGAGAGAUUCAGAAGCUGUAUGAAAAUAAGUCAUUCCUGUUCUUGGGCUGUGGUUGGACUGUUGAUGACACCACGUUUCAGGCCCUGUUUUUAGAGGCGGUGAAGCACAAAUCCGACCUGGAGCACUUCAUGCUCGUACGGAGAGGAGAUGUGGAUGAGUUUAAAAAGCUCCGCGAGAACAUGCUGGACAAAGGGAUUAAAGUCAUUUCCUACGGUGACGAAUACACCGACUUACCCGAGUACUUCGAGAGGCUGACGAGCGAGAUCGCCACGCGGGGCCGAGCAGGUGUGCCUAACGGCUCCCCGGCUCCCCCUGCCGCGAUUAAAGGUGAGACGGCGCCGAGCUGA